AUGACUUACCUUUUACGAGGAGGAUUAUUAAGAAACUUUGGCGGUAUUUGUGAUCGUAAAUUAUUCUCUCACUCUUAUCUUGGCACUAAAAAGUUGAUCGAAGACUACAUGGAUGAAGUCGUAACACAGAUCGAACAUAUUGAAUCUACAUCCGAUUUCGAUGCACAAGCCAAAAUCAAAUUCUUUAGUGAUACUCGACAGAGUUUUGGUUGUUCUGCAUUAGUACUUCAAGGUGGUACCGCUCUAGCCUUGUAUCAUAUCGGCGUAGUUAAGGCAUUAAACGAACAAGGCCUUUUACCUCGUAUCAUUAGUGGUACUGCUAUUGGUGCCAUGAUUGCUGCCUUGAUUUGUAUUCAUACCGAUGAGGAAUUACCCUAUAUUUUACAGCCGGAUGGUAUCAAUUUAACCGCCUUUUCAAACAAGGGACAAAAAGGGCAAAGACGUAUCACUCGAUUUAUGAAAUACGGUUAUCUUAUGGACAUGAAGGUGUUACAAGAAUGUGUCAGAGCAAACGUAGGCGAUUUGACAUUCGAGGAAGCUUAUGCUAAAUCAAAACGUGUAUUAAAUAUCAGUGUCUCAUCCAGUCGUACACAAGAAGUACCUCAAUUAUUAAAUUAUCUCACAGCUCCCAACGUUCUUAUUUGGAGUGCCGCCUGUUGUUCCACAGCCUCUGUAGGUUUAUUCGGUAGUUGCGAUCUCAUGGCCAAGGAUAAAAACGGCAAGAUUGUAAAAUGGAUUUCUUCCGCUGUGAAAUGGAACCAUUGGUCAGAAACCACACCAGCUGAAAGUGAUGCCCCCUUGUACAGACUCUCUGAAUUGUUUAAUGUCAACCAUUUUAUUGUGUCACAAGCAAGUAUUUAUGCUAUCCCUUUUAUUGCCAAAGCACAAAACUUGCAACAUGAAUCUUUGUUGCAUAAGUUUGCUUAUAUCCUUGCUUCCGAGUUUAAACAUCGUUUAUAUCAGUUGGAUCAAUUGCAUAUUUUACCUCAUAUCUUUCGUGGUGUCAUUGAAGAAAAAAUGUCGGGUAAUGUCAAUAUCGUGCCUGAAAUCGCUUUUUCCGAUUUCAAUAUCUUGUUUUCAAAUCCCUCACACAAAUCUUUGGCCUACUGGAUUUUGCAUGGUGAAAGAUCCGUUUGGCCAUUAAUGGCAUGUAUUCGAACACGUUGUAUGAUUGAACUCGCUCUUGACAGAGCCGUGUUAAGAUUAAAAGCCAUGAAUGUAGAGCGUGAGCCUGUGGUUGUACGUAGUCGAUUUAUGGUUGAGAAUAAGCAGCGUGCCAAAUCCAUGCAUUAGUUUUGCGAUCAAUCUAAAUGAUUGAUAAAUAAAUAAAAAAUGAGCUCAAUUUACACUGUGUGUCUUACAUUUUUCUCUACAAAAAUUGACUAUAAUGCUGCCGCCUCUUUGUGGACGACAGAAAAUGAAAGGAUGUAUAGAUGCGCUUAUUGGAAGAUUUCCAAAAACCUUUAUUUUCAAGAAAACUUUCUCAAAAUCACUAGUUACAUAUUUAAAGUUAAAA